AUGGCUCAGGCUGCACGCUCUCAGAACUGCAGUUACACACUACACAGUCCCAAUGGGACGAUAGAGAGCCCCGGCUACCCUUACGGGUAUCCUAACUAUGCCAACUGUACAUGGGUGAUCGUGGCGGCGGAGCACAACCGGAUUCAGCUGGUGUUUCAAGGCUUCGCCCUAGAGGAGGACUUUGACAUCUUGUCUGUAUAUGACGGACCACCCAGCCCGGGGAACCUGCGGACAAGGUUAACGGGAUUCCAGCUGCCUUCACCCAUUGUGAGUACAGGCUCCAGGCUCACACUGUGGCUACUGUCUGACUACGCCGUCAGCGGGCAGGGAUUUAAAGCCGUCUAUGAAGCUCUUCCCAGCUACACUUGUGGUAAUCCUGGACAGCUGCUCAAUGGCCACCAGCAGGGGUCCACCUUCAACAUUGGGGACAAAAUCCGCUACAGCUGCAGCCCGGGCUAUGUGCUGGAGGGUCACACCAGCCUGUCCUGCCUUGCCACUUCAGCGGGUACUGCUGCCUGGGAUUUCCCCCUUCCCUACUGCAGAGCGGAUGAUGGGUGUGGCGGUACACUGCGGGGCCAAAGUGGGGUGAUCACCACCCCCAAUUACCCAGCUGAGUAUAACAACAAUGCCGACUGCACCUGGACUGUGCUGGCCGAGCCAGGAGACACCAUUGCCCUGGUAUUCUCUGACUUUCAGCUGGAGGACGACUAUGACCUGCUGGAGGUCAGCGGCACUGACGGCUCUUCACAGUGGUUCACCGGCCCAAACCUUCCCUCACCCAUCAUUAGCAGCAAGAAUUGGCUUCGGCUGCACUUUACCUCUGACGGCAACCACAAGUUGAGAGGUUUCAGCGCCCAGUACCAAGUGAAGAAGAUGACUGAACUCAAGUCUCGAGGUGUGAAGAUGUUGCCGAGCAAAGACAACCACCACAAGAUAUCAGUGUUGUCUCAGAUGGGUGUCGCGCAGGGACACAACAUGUGCCCAGACCCGGGGAUCCCUGAUCGAGGAAAAAGAAAAGGCACAGACUUCAGGCGAGGAGCCACGGUGCAUUUCUCCUGCGACGAGGGUUAUGAACUGCAGGGCUCAAAGAGCAUCAGUUGUCUCAGAGUGACGGACAGCUAUGUAGGCUGGAGUGACGAUCGGCCCAUAUGCAGAGCACCAAUGUGUGGAGGUCAGUUGAGAGGACCCAGUGGUGUCAUCACAUCUCCAAACUACCCGGUCCAGUAUGACAACAAUGCCAACUGCACUUGGCUCAUCACAGCCACAGACAUAUCUAAGGUGAUCAAGCUGACAUUUGAGGAUUUUGACCUGGAGCGAGGCUAUGACACCCUGACGGUGGGAGACGGCCAGGUGGUGGGAGACCAGAAGACCAUCUUCCACGUCCUGUCUGGAACCACCACUCCAGACCUUGUGGUUAGCACCAGUCACCUGAUGUGGCUAAACUUUAAAACAGAUGACACCAGCGGCUCCCUGGGAUUCAAGGUGUCCUACGAAGAAAUUGACCAAGGCAGUUGUGGAGAUCCCGGAAUCCCAGCUUAUGGCAAACGAGAGGGAGCAGGUUUUCGUCACGGGGACAGACUCUACUUCGAGUGUCUGCCUGCCUUUGAGCUGGUGGGGAAGAAGAACAUCACCUGUCAGAAGAACAACCAGUGGUCGGCUAAGAAACCCAGCUGUGUUUUUUCCUGUUUCUUCAACUUUACAACUCCAUCCGGGGUGCUGCUGUCUCCCAACUACCCUCAGGAGUACGGCAACAAUAUGCACUGCGUGUGGCUCAUCAUCACCAAUCCUGAAAGCCGCAUCAAUCUGGCCUUCAAUGACCUCAGCAUGGAGAAACAGUUUGACUUCCUCGCGAUCAAAGAUGGUGGAAAGGCUGAGUCUCCUAUCCUGGGUACCUUUUCCGGUGACGCCCUACCUCCUCCUAUAACAACUAGUGCCCAUGUGGCCCGGCUGGAGUUUCUGACUGACCACACCUACACAGACAGAGGCUUUAACAUCACGUUUACAACAUUUCGCCAUAACGAAUGCCCAGACCCAGGUGUGCCGGUUAAUGGGAAACGCUUUGGUGAGAGCCUUCAGCUGGGCAGCUCGAUCUCAUUCCUGUGCGAGGAGGGCUUUGUUAAGACCCACGGCUCGCAAACCAUCUCUUGCAUUCUCAAGGAUGGCAACGUGGUGUGGGAUAACGCAGUCCCCCGCUGUGAGGCCCCAUGUGGAGGGGAUCUGAAGGCUCCCAGUGGAAUCAUCCUCUCCCCUGGCUGGCCAGAACUCUAUAAGGAGGCCCUUAACUGCGAAUGGAUCAUUGAGGCUCCUCCAGGCUACCCCAUCAAGAUCAUCUUCGACAAGUUCCGCACAGAGGUCAACUAUGACGUCCUUGAGGUGCGCGAUGGACGUUUUCCCUCUUCACCUUUAAUUGGUAGUUACCAGGGUACCCAGGUUCCCCAGUUCCUCAUUAGCACCUCCAGCUUCCUGUAUCUCCUCUUCUCGACUGACAAGAGCCACUCGGACAUCGGCUUCCGCAUACGUUACGAAACCCUGCAGUUACAGUCGGAUCACUGCGUGGACCCUGGUAUACCUGUCAACGGACAGCGACACGGAAACGACUUCUAUGUGGGCGCUUUGGUGACAUUCAGCUGCGAUGCGGGUUACACACUUAGUGACACACAGCCUUUAGAGUGCGAACCCAAUUUUCAGUGGAGCCGGCCCCUGCCUAGUUGUGAUGCAUUGUGUGGAGGUUAUAUCCAAGGCAACUUUGGCACCAUCCUGUCACCUGGCUUUCCAGACUUCUACCCUCACAACCUGAACUGCACAUGGUUAAUCGAGACCUCCCAUGGCAAAGGUGUCCAAUUCAACUUCCACACCUUCCACCUCGAGAGUCCUCACGACCAUUUGUUGGUGACAGAGAACGGCAGUUUUUCUCAGCCCCUGUGGAAACUGACGGGCUCCACGCUGCCUCCGCUUCUCAGUGCAGGCCUGUUCGGAAACUACACCGCUCAGAUCCGCUUUCUCUCUGACUUCUCUGUUUCCUACGAAGGAUUCAACAUCACUUUCUCUGAGUAUGAUUUGGAGCCAUGUGAGGAUCCUGGAAUCCCACCCUACAGUACCAGAAAGGGCCUGCAGUACGGGGUGGGUGACUCCCUCAUCUUCUCCUGUUUCCCGGGUUACCGACUGGAGGGUCCGGCGAGGGUGAUUUGCUUAGGGGGCAGGAGGCGGGUGUGGAGCUCCCCUCUGCCAAGGUGUGUUGCUGAAUGCGGCUCAUCCGUGACUGGCAUGCAAGGGGUGCUGCUCUCGCCCAACUACCCCGGUUACUACGGCAACAACCACGAGUGCAUCUACUCCAUCCAGACGCAGCCUGGCAAAGGCAUCCAGCUACGGGCACGAGACUUCAGACUUGAGGAGGAUGACAUGCUCAAAGUCUUUGAUGGCAGCAGUAAUCAGGCUCGUCUGCUGGGGCUGUUUACAGGCAGCGAGAUGCUAGAGACCACCUUGAACUCCACCUCCAGCUCCAUGUGGCUGGAGUUUAUCAGCAAUGCGGAUAACACCAGUAAAGGCUUUGAACUGCACUUCAUUAGUUUUGAGCUGGUGAAAUGUGAAGAUCCAGGUGCUCCCCAGUUUGGCUACAAGCGGGAGGACAAGGGUCAUUUUGCAGGAAGCGCUGUGUCGUAUAGCUGUGACCCAGGCUACACCCUGAAAGGCCCUGAGGUGCUGACCUGCCUGAGGGGUGAAAGGAGGGCAUGGGACAGCCCCCUCCCACUCUGUGUUGCGGAGUGUGGAGGCGCCAUCAAAGAUGAGCCUUCUGGUCGUAUCCUGUCUCCUGGCUACCCAGCUCCAUAUGAACACAACCUGCACUGCAUGUGGACCAUUGAGGCCGCCCCUGGAAGCACUAUAAGUCUACAUUUCCUGGUUUACCACACGGAGGAGGUCCACGACGUGCUUCGGAUCUGGGAUGGGCCCCAGGAAGGAGGGGUCCUUCUGAGGGAGCUCAGUGGCUCGAUGUUGCCCCCGGACGCCCACAGCACCUUCAACACUGUCAGCCUGCAGUUCACCACGGACUUCUUCACCAGCAAGCAGGGCUUUGCUCUGCAGUUCUCUGUCUCCACUGCAACCUCCUGCAAUGACCCGGGCAUGCCUACUAAUGGGACCCGUGGCGGCGACAGCAGGGAGCCCGGAGACCAUGUGGUGUUCCAGUGUGAUCCUGGUUACAUCCUGCAGGGGGCCAACAGGAUUACCUGCACAGAGAUCAACGGUCGCUUUUUCUGGCAGCCAGACCCUCCUACAUGCACAGCUCCAUGCGGUGGGAACCUGACGGGUCCUAGUGGGCUGAUUCUGUCUCCAGACUAUCCUGAACCAUACCCGCAUGGAAGGGAGUGUGACUGGACAGUUACUGUCACACUGGACUAUGUCAUCGCUCUGAGCUUCAACCAGUUCAGCUUGGAGCCCAGUUAUGACUUCCUACAUAUCUACGAUGGACCGGACUCCCUCAGCCCCUUGCUGGGUAGUUUUUAUGGCACGGACGUUCCAGAACGCAUUGAGAGCAGCGCCAACACGCUCUUCUUGGCUUUCCGCAGCGAUGCUUCCCUCAGCAGCAAUGGAUUUGUUCUACAGUACACAGAGAACCCCAGGGAGUCUUGCUUUGAGCCGGGCCUGGUGCGCAAUGGGACUCGGGUGGGCACCGACCUCAAGCUGGGCUCCACUGUCACCUACCGCUGCGACAGUGGCUACACACUAGAGGGAGACCCAACCCUCACUUGCAUCAUGGGGGGAGACGGCAAGCCGAGCUGGAACAAACCCAAACCCAUCUGCAUUGCUCCAUGUGGUGGACAGUACUCAGGUUUGGACGGAGUGGUUUUGUCUCCUGGUUACCCUGGCAACUACAGCAGUGCACGAACCUGUCUGUACUCUGUGGUGGUGCCCAAGGAUUACGUGGUCUUCAGUCAAUUCGCCUUCUUCCAGACAGCUCUGAAUGACAUUGUGGAGGUGUAUGAUGGAGCGACACAGCACUCCCGUGUUCUUAGCUCUCUUUCUGGAGCCCACACAGGCGAGUCGUUGCCAUUAGCAACCUCCAACCAAAUCCUGAUUCGCUUCACCUCCAAAGGCCAAUCCAGCUCUAGAGGAUUCCACCUGGCCUACCAGGCCGUGCCACGGACCAGCGCGACGCAGUGCAGCUCAGUCCCUGAGCCCCGGAAUGGCCGCCGUAUGGGUAACAACUUUGCCGUUGGUGCUGUGAUCCGCUUUGAGUGCAGUCCAGGUUAUAUGCUGGAGGGGCCGAGUGCCAUUGAAUGUUUGACGGUUCCCAAUGCCCUGGCACAAUGGAACAGCUCCAUACCCAGCUGUAUAGUUCCCUGUGGAGGCAAUCUGACCCAACGAACUGGCACCAUCUUAUCUCCUGGCUUUCCUGAGCCGUACCUCAACAGCCUCAACUGUGUCUGGAAGAUCACUGUUCCUGAAGGAUCAGGAAUCCAGAUCCAGGUAAUCAGCUUUGUCACAGAGCAGAACUGGGACUCGCUGGAAGUGUUUGAUGGAGGGGACAACACUGACACCAUGCUCGGCAGCUUCUCAGGCACCACGGUCCCAGCUCUCCUCAACAGCACCUCCAACCAACUCUACCUCCACUUCUUCUCUGAUAUUAGUGUGUCUGCAGCUGGAUUCAGGCUGGAAUACAAAACGGUGUCUCUGACCAGUUGCGCGGAGCCUGUUGUCCCUAUGAACGGCAUCAAGGUUGGGGAGCGUCUUCAGAUGAAUAAUGUGGUGUCUUUCCAGUGUGAACCUGGAUACACUCUACAGGGGAACUCGCAUAUCACCUGUAUGCCUGGAACUGUCAGACGAUGGAACUACCCACCUCCUCUCUGCAUAGCUCAAUGUGGUGGAAUCCGGGAGGAGAUGGAGGGCAUGAUUCUCAGCCCUGGUUUCCCUGGCAACUACCCUAGCAACGGUGACUGUACCUGGAGAAUAUACCUGCCAGUUGGUUAUGGAGCCAACCUUCAAUUCCUCAACUUCUCCACCGAGGCCAACCAUGAUUUUCUCGAGAUACGCAAUGGUCCCCUCGAUACAAGCGCAGUGAUUGGUCGAUUCAGCGGCCAGGAUAUUCCCUCCUCCCUUCUCACCACCUCCCACGAGACCACAGUAUAUUUCCAUAGUGACCAUUCACAGAACAAACCGGGGUUCAGAUUUGAGUACCAGGCUUACGAGCUACAGGAGUGUCCCGAUCCAGAGCCUUUCCGUUACGGCGUGGUGGUGGGUGCUGGCUUCAAUGUGGGCCAGUCUAUUUCCUUUGAGUGUCUGCCUGGGUAUCAGCUAGUGGGACAUUCCAUCCUAACCUGUGAGCACGGCACCACACGCAACUGGGAUCACCCUUUCCCUCGCUGCGAAGUGCCUUGCGGUGGGAACAUCACAUCAGACAAUGGGACCAUCUUCUCCCCGGGUUACCCAGAGGAGUACCCUAGCUCAGCUGACUGCUCCUGGCUGAUCACUGUGGCUCAUGGCUUCGGCAUCAAAAUCAACUUCACCCUGCUUCAGGUUCAUGGGCCGCACGACUUCAUCACUUUAUGGGAUGGUCCACAGGAGACAGCCAGGAAACUGGGAGUGUUCACUGAUGGAGAGCCGAAUGACCCGCCCAGUAGCACAUCCAAUCAGGUGCUGAUACGUUUUCGUAGCAACACAGAGAAGGGUGGACUAUUCCGUAUCAGCUAUCAAGCUUACAGAUUGCAGUUCUGCCUGCCUCCCCCCAUCAUUCCGAAUGCAGAGAUAUUGAUGGCAAGCAAAGAGUUCAAAAUCGGUGAUAUAGUGCGCUACCGAUGUCUCCCAGGCUACCAGUUAAGUGGGAACAGCAUCCUGACUUGCAGGCUAGGGACACACUUGGAGUUCGAGGGGCCUCCACCCUCAUGUGAUGUGACUUGUCCCAUGAAUGAGAUACUGACAGCUUCCACAGGUGUCAUCCUGAGCCAGUCACCAGGUAGCGGUUUCCCCCAUUUUGAGUCCUGCUCCUGGGUGGUCAAAGUAGAACCUGGCUACAAUAUCACCUUCACUAUAGAAAACUUCCAGACCAGCCGUCAGUUUGAUGAGCUUGAGAUCUUUGAUGGCCCAUCCAGACAAAGCCCUCUUCUGAUUACUCUCAGUGGUAACUAUUCGAACCCACUGAGCAUCACCAGCUCCAGUAACAAGGUCUACCUGCACUGGUCCUUUGAUCACACUACCAGCCACAAAGGAUUUCGCAUACGCUACUCAGUGGCCUACUGUAGCCCUCCCAACAACCCUGUAAAUGGCACAGUGCACAGUCUCACAGGCACUAAGCUUGGCAGCACCCUGCGUUUCAGCUGUGACCAGGGCUUCCGGCUUAUUGGUCAGAGCAGUGCCACAUGCACCCGGACGGCACAGGGGAUCUACCAGUGGAAUGCACCAGUGCCACUUUGCCAAGUCACAUCCUGUGGAAUGCCAGUGCCUCCGGUCAAUGGCAGUAUUGGGGGUCAAGACUUCUCUUUAGGAUCCAGGGCCACGUACGAGUGUAAUCCCGGAUUUCGGCUUUCGGGGCCUGUCACCACCUCAGUGAUCUGUCAGGAAUCUGGGAGGUGGAGCCCCAUUGAGGCCCCGCCCAGAUGUGUUCCGGUGACCUGUCCUGACAUCGGCCACAAUGCAGUGGAACAUGGGAGAUGGAGGCUGAUCUAUGGUACUCAAAACCAAUAUGAUGCUAUAAUGAUGCUCAUAUGCGACCCUGGAUAUUACUACAGGGGUCAAAGGGUAAUUCGCUGCCAAGCCAACAGCACCUGGAACUACCCAGAUCCACGGCCAGACUGCGACAUCAUCUCCUGCGGGGACCUUGGGACUCCACCAAAUGGCAACAAGAUUGGAACUCUGACUGUGUAUGGAGCCACGGCCAUUUUCUCCUGCAACACAGGAUAUACCUUGGUGGGCUCUCGGGUAAGAGAGUGUAUGUCCAAUGGGCUUUGGAGCGGUUCACAGGUCCAGUGUCUAGCUGGCCAUUGUGGCAACCCGGAGCCCAUCGUGAAUGGACAGAUCAUUGGAGAGAAUUAUAACUAUCGAGGCAGCGUUGUGUACCAGUGUAACCCAGGAUUUCGUCUAAUUGGGGUGUCAGUGCGAAUCUGUGAACAGGAUCACCGCUGGUCAGGACGUACUCCUGUCUGUGUCCCCAUCACAUGUGGUCAUCCUGGUAACCCUACCUUCGGUAUGACCCAAGGAACCCAGUUCAACUUGAAUGAUGCUGUGCGCUUUGUCUGCAACACUGGCUAUGUUCUGCAGGGGGUUGUAAAAUCUACCUGCCAGGCCAAUGGGCAGUGGAGCAACACCCUCCCCAAGUGUAAAAUUGUGAACUGCACAGAGCCGGGUCACGUAGAGAACAGCGUUAGGCAGAUACUGCCCAGCGGACCGCAUCGCUACACUUUCCAGACCACUGUGUCGUACCGCUGUAACCCGGGCUACUACCUGCUGGGCACCAGCUCCAUCUCCUGUCAGGGGGACGGGACCUGGGACCGCUCACUGCCCAAGUGCCUGUUGGUGUUGUGUGACCGGCCCAGCAUGCCUCCCUACGCGCAGAUCUCAGGCGACCGUCGGACAGUAGGCUCAGUCAUCCGCUACAGCUGCAUCGGCCAGCGUACCAUCAUCGGCAACACAACGCGUAUGUGCCAGCUGGACGGCCAGUGGAGCGGCUCGCCACCACACUGCUCCGGUGAGGCAGCCGGGCUGUGCGGAGAUCCAGGCAUUCCUGUGCAUGGUAUCCGUCUGGGGGAAGAUUUUACAGUCGGCACUGCCGUCCGCUUUAGCUGUGAGCCCGGCUACACGCUGAAGGGUUCUCCAGAGAGAACUUGCCUGACCAACGGGACCUGGCUCGGCACCCAAGCUGAGUGUCACGUGAUCUCCUGUGGAAACCCAGGAACUCCACGUAAUUCCCAGAUCCUGAUCCACGAUGGCCUAACGUUUUCCAGAUCUAUUACUUACACUUGCAGAGAGGGCUACUACUCAACUGGCCUGCUUACCCGACACUGCACUGUUAACGGGUCCUGGACCGGCAACAUGCCUGAGUGCUCUGUAAUCAACUGUGGUGACCCUGGAGUGCCAGCCAACGGGGUGAGGCUGGGCAAUGAUUUCAUUUACAACUACACAGUCAGUUACCAGUGUUCUCCUGGUUUCACCAUGGAUGCGGACCGGGCCUCAACUCUUAUCUGCACCAAGGACCGUACCUGGAAUGGCACCAAACCUCACUGUAAAGCGAUCGUGUGUGGUCCACCACCUAUCAUCCCUAAUGGACAGGUUGUCGGUACAGAAUUCACAUGGGGCUCUAGCAUCAGUUACUCCUGUAACCAAGGUUACCAGCUGUCCCUGCCCACUGUGUUAACAUGCCAGGGCAACGGCAACUGGAGUGGAGAGAAACCUCAAUGCUUCCCUGUGUUCUGUGGAGAUCCAGGGAUGCCUGCCCAGGGGAGGAGGGAGGAUCGAGGAUUCACUUAUCUCUCCUCUGUCUCCUUCUCCUGCUACCCUCCACUCGUCCUGGUGGGCUCUACCAGGAGAUAUUGUCAAUAUGAUGGCACCUGGAGUGGAACACAACCCUCUUGCAUAGAUCCCACUCACACUACCUGUGGAGAUCCUGGCACACCUCUCUUUGGAAAUCAGAACAACAGUCAAGGCUACCAGAUCAGCAGCACAGUGUUCUUCAACUGUAGAAAGGGCUACUUACUUCAGGGCUCCAUUUCUCGCACUUGUCUGCCCAACCUCACUUGGAGUGGUUUUCAACCUGAGUGCAUUGCCCACCACUGCAGCCAGCCAGAGCUGCCAGCCCAGUCUGAUGUGAGAGCCAUUGAACUACCAUCCCUUGGCUACACACUGAUCUAUACAUGUCAGCCUGGCUUCUACUUGGCCGGAGGAUCAGAGCAUAGGACCUGCAGGUCCGAUGGGAGCUGGACAGGGAAACAACCUCUCUGUGCAGCUGAUGAUCGCCCAAGUGGUAAGAGCCCAGUGGGGACAGUGCAGGAGCCACCCUCCAAAUUACCAGUCCCUGGUGGUGUAUUUGCUAAGAACUCUCUCUGGAGGGGAUCCUAUGAGUACCUGGGGAAGAAACAGCCGGCUAUGCUCAGCAUCACUGCUUUUGAACCCUUUAGCAACCGGGUUAACGGGACACUCAUCGACCACAGCGGAGUGGAACUCAAACUGUCCGGUACAUAUAAGAAGGAGGAAGCUCAGCUGCUGCUGCAGGUCCACCAGAUCAGAGGCCCUGUGGAGAUCUUUGUCAACAAGUUCAAAAUAGACAACUGGGCCCUGGACGGACAUGUGUCCUACAUCUCUUCAUCCAACUCCUUUGUGUACCAGGGAUUUGUCAGAGGAAAAGGCUUCGGCCAAUUUGGUCUCCAAAGACUGGAGAGCUUAGAUCCCGGCAGAGACAACACAGGCUACAACUUUGCAUCCAACAGCAGUUCAGUGGCGGCAGCCAUCCUAGUGCCUUUUAUAGCUAUGAUCAUUGCAGGCUUCGCUCUGUACCUCUACAAGCACAGGAGAAGACCCAAAGUCCCAUUCAACGGUUAUGUGGGCCAUGAGAACACUAACGGACGAGCUACGUUCGAGAACCCUAUGUAUGACCGCAACAUCCAGCCCACUGACAUCCUGGCCAGUGAGACAGAGUUCACAGUCAGCACAGUGUGCACAGCUGUAUAG